AUGUCAGCUACAAAUAAUACUAUAACAACAACAUUUGGGCGAAAUUCUUCUUAUCCAACAUGUGGAGGUUUAUCUAUUACUUCUAAUAAUCACACGGGUGUAUUUAAUGGACGACGAUGUUCUUCAACAACAAUUCUUCCUUCAUCAAUAGAUCAAUAUUCCAAGCCAGUAUCUGUAAAUUAUCAAACACUUGAUCGACAAAUACAUUUAAAUUUAAAUGAAAACUUAUCUUGGUUAGAACGUUGCAAACAACGUGUUACAAAUAUAUUUAAGCAAAUUUCUAAAUCAACAGUAAAACAAGAUUCAAUGACAAUGAACAAUACACUUCAUCAACAAUCAUCUAUAUUUAAUUAUGAUCCUGAACUUGAUUUACGUGAAGAACAUUUAUCACUUGUUG